UUGAAUAUUUUAUAGUGAUUUUACGGCGUUGGCUCAUGUAAAGAGAUACUCGUGGUCUAUAUUCUGCCAAGGAACCCUUUAUUAUGCAGUACAAGAAGGAAGAAGAUUCUUUUCUAGAGUUUGAGAAUCUGUCUUCAACUUCUGCCUUUGAAGAAAGAGAAUUACCUAUAGAUAAGACAGACUACAGCGCACUUAUUCUCGUUCAGGAACUUGGGAAGGACCUCAUUCCUUCUUCCAAAUAUAUAUCUCGCUUGGAACUUGUUACGGAGUUACAAAAAUAUGGAGAUAAUGCAACUGGAGGUUCAUUGUUUAACUUGAGAGACUUGAGAAAGGUGGACCCCGCCUUUCAACCCAAUUUUUGUUUAUAUGUUGUUGAUAGUAUUUUAUUGGUCAAUCUGAAUCAGAUUGCCGCCAUUAUAUUACCAGCAAAAGUAAUUUUCCUGGACCCCGAAUCUUCUCCAGCUAAGAGAGCUUGCAAUAACGUCGUUCAACUUUUGCAAAAUGAAGAAGAAAGACUUGCCUUUCCCUUUGCCGUUUUGGAGGGCGUCAUUCUUACCGCUUGUUUAUCGGUCGAGCGUGAAAUAGCUUUAUUAGAACCUCGAGUAAUGGAUGCAUUGAGCCAAGUAUCCAAAUAUUCCAAUUAUUCGAGACUUGCAGAACUUCGUUUAUUUCGACAGAAACUUCUGAGUUUGAACUCCAUUGCUGACAGAAUGGACAUUUUGCUCGAAGAAUUUUUUGAUUCCGAUUUUGUGGAAGAGACAUUGUUUGUAGAGAAGAAUGGCCUUGUGAAAAGAGAGAUUGGCCAACUUUCUAGUUUGGAUGACCUUAAAUGUGUUUUUGAGCCCUAUCUUCAGAGUUUGGAUUUGCAAAAGAGUAUUUGUGGCAGUUUUUUGAAAGCACUACAAAAUGUGGAGCGUACUUUAAUGCUUGGGUUUGACUUUAUACGUAAUAAGCUUUUUACUUUGGAUUUGCUUGGAACUAUUUUGAUUCUCAGUUUUACAUUGAUCAAUAUGGUUGUGGGGUUUUUUGGUUUCAACUUGACACUUCCUAUUUACAAUUUAUCAGACGGUAGUCAAUAUUACUUUUAUGCGAUAGUGGGUGGUUUGACAGUCUUCAUGUUGGUGAGUAUUAUUGUAACCAUUUUGUGGAUGAAAAAGAAGGAAUUUCUUGUAUUUCAUGAAAACAUUCAUCGCGAAGUUGGUUCGAACUUGCAGUUGGAUGACUCUACUUGAUAAUAAGCAAGUUGUACAAGGAGAGAGAGGAAUACUGGGGGGUUUUCCACUGAUAUAAACAAAUCAUUUUGGGUGCUGCCAAAUAACACUACAUUUUU